AUGUUCAAGUACCUUCUCGUCGUCAUCCUCCUCAUCGCUCUUAUCGAGUUGGCCACCGCCGAUUUCUCGUGCUAUUUCUCGGAUUCCAUCUGCAAAUCGAUCACCUGCAGAAACUGCAAAGUGGCCACCUGCAUCACCGGAGACUGCGUCUGCACUCUUUGCGACCUUUAA